UUAAUAUAUAACAUUUGAGUCCAAGUCUGGCCCCACCAUCGGCUUGGUGUUUUUUCUUAUGAAUUUCUUGAAGCCAGAAAAUGGCAACUGAACCAGUUUUAACAUUCUCUUUGGCUUCUGUGGUUGAAGAGGUUCUUCAACAGCAUGCUAGUCGUUUAGACGCAAACUCGGCAUCCAGAAAAACUGAAGAAACCUCCUUGAGAAGGUAUGAAGCAGCUGGUUGGCUACGGAAAACAGUUGGAGUUGUUCGAGGGAAAGACUUGCCAGCUGAACCUUCUGAAGGAGACUUCAGGAUUGGAUUGCGUAGUGGGAUUAUCCUAUGUAGUGUUCUUAACAAAAUUCAACCUGGAACAGUGUCGAAGGUAUUUGAAAAACCUUGUGAUUCUGUUAUUAUUCCUGAUGGAACAACAUCUGCAUAUCAGUACCAAGAAAAUAUAAAGAAUUUUCUUGUGGCUGUGGAGGAAAUGGGGCUUCCUACCUUCGAAGUUUCUGAUUUGGAACAGGGAGGAAACUCUGAGAGGGUAGUGGAUUGUGUUCUAGAGCUAAAGUCUUAUGCCGAACGAAAAGUUGGAGGAAGUGCAUCUGGGAAAUAUAGUGGGGUUGCGAAUGCAAAGCCACCUAUCUCUGCGAAACGAAUUACGAGGAAAAACUCAGAACCAUUCAUGAAGUCUAUGAGUCCUUUGCCAUCAGGGGAUAGAGAUGGUGGUUAUAUGAGUGAUCCCGGACAAGAUCGAAGCGAAAGGGGUUCUUUCUCCUUAAAUUCACUCGUUCGUCAAUAUUUGUCCGACAAAAAUCCAGAAGAAAUUCUCACUGCAGUGGAAUCCUUGCUUAGCAAAGUCAUGGAGGAAUGUGAACAUCACAUGCAAAUUCGAUGUAAAAUGUAUAAAACAACUAGGGAAGAUACAGCACCGUGUGAAACUGAAUGUUCAAUUUCAGAAGCUGCUUCUAUUAAUGAAACGGUGAAAGAAAAGGAAGAUGAACAUGCUGUACAAGAAGAGCAUGAUCUACAAGAUAAACAUGAUGUAAAAGAUGAACAUGAUAUACGAGAUGAACAUGAUGUAAAAGUUGAGCGUGACAUUCAAGAUGAACACAGGGAAGAAAAUAAACGAGAGGAAAGUUGUGAAAAGAUGUGCAAUGAACAUGAAAAAUCAAUCCACAAAAAAUCGAUUUCGAAGCAGCAAAAUAUAGUUGCGCAACAAAAUAGAAACAUCCAGGAAUUGAAAAACAUUGUCCAUCAAACAAAACAAGGAAUGCAAUUGAUGCAAAGUGAACACCAGAAGGAGAUCAUUAAUCUAAGCAAGCACCUAUACAGCCUAACCUGUGCUGCUUCGGGAUACCAUAAAGUUCUUGAAGAAAACCGCAAGUUAUAUAAUGUAGUGCAAGAUCUGAAAGGAAAUAUUAGGGUAUACUGUAGAGUCCGACCUUUCUUGGGUGGUCAACCAAGUCAUUAUAGCUCUGUCGGUAACGUGGAAGAUGGAAGUAUCUCAAUCAUAACACCUUCCAAAUACGGUAAAGAGGGGAAGAAGACAUUUAAUUUCAAUAGAGCAUUUGGUCCUUCUGCAACCCAAGGAGAAGUUUUUGCCGACACACAACCUCUUAUUCGUUCUGUUUUGGACGGUUAUAAUGUCUGCAUAUUUGCCUAUGGCCAGACGGGAUCAGGAAAAACAUUCACUAUGUCUGGGCCAGAUGAACUUAACGAUGAGACCAUAGGUGUCAACUAUCGUGCACUAGGAGACCUUUUCUAUCUCUCUGAUCAAAGAAAAGAUACAAUUUCUUAUGAAAUCUCUGUUCAGAUGCUUGAGAUUUACAACGAGCAAGUUAGGGACCUACUUUUGUCCGAUGGCGCUAAUAAAAGGUUAGACAUCCGCAAUAGUUCCCUUAAUGGCAUCAACGUUCCAGAUGCUAACCUUGUUCGGGUUUCAUGCACUUCUGAUGUCAUAAGUUUGAUGAACUUGGGACAUAAGAAUCGUGCUGUUGGUUCUACUGCCAUGAAUGAUCGUAGUAGUCGGUCUCACAGUUGUCUUACAGUUCAUGUUCAAGGAAAGAACUUGACCUCAGGAGGCACAAUUCGUGGUUGCAUGCAUCUGGUUGAUCUGGCAGGAAGUGAGAGGGCUGAUAAAACGGAGGCUACAGGGGAUAGACUCAAGGAGGCUCAACAUAUCAACAAGUCACUUUCUGCAUUGGGAGAUGUAAUUUCUGCCCUUGCCCAAAAGAGUCCACAUGUUCCCUACAGGAAUAGCAAACUCACUCAGCUACUUCAAGAUUCUCUUGGAGGGCAAGCAAAGACUCUCAUGUUUGUUCAUAUAAGUCCGGAGCCCGAAGCUCUUGGAGAAACACUUAGCACACUCAAGUUCGCCGAACGAGUCGCCACUGUCGAACUCGGUUCAGCGCGAGUUAAUAAAGACAAUUCAGAUGUGAAAGAGCUUAAAGAACAGAUUGCUAGUUUGAAGGCAGCCUUAGCGAGAAAGGAAGGAGAAGCAGAACAGUUUAAUAAUUGCAAUGAAACACCUAAGCAUAAAUCAUAUGCAUCUUCUCCUCCUGUGCAUCGGCCUUCCAGUGGUGGAUCUCGUAGGCUAUCAAAAGAUGAUUCUAGUAGCCUGGACGUAAGUAACACGUUACUUACCUUAAUUCCUGCAAUUUGA